CAAAUACAUAACCAGGGCCCUGCUCUGACCAUCAGAGCUAGCAUCUCCGUCCGCUUAUUAUACAUGGACGACUCGUCGCAAUCUAGACAGCUCUUCCCGCCUCUCAACAUUAACCUCCCUCCAUUCCGCUCUCAGCCUCAGCAGUACCAGUCGCCACAGCACGAGUACUCACAGCAGGCUCAGCAGUACCAGCAGCAGGAAUACUGGCAACAGCGUACAUCCAGCUCGAGGGAUGAUAUACACCAGCAGCAGGAUAUCAAACCAGUGAUGCAGACUCAGCAGCCAAAGCAGGAGGGUGGUGUCGAAGAUGGAAUGCCCUCAACAAGUGAUUUUGUCAAGAAGCUCUACAAGAUGCUAGAAGAUCAAUCUUUCCAACACGUCGUCUCAUGGGGACCCCAAGGCGACUGUUUCGUGGUCAAGGACAUGAACGAAUUUACAAAAUCAAUCCUACCACGCAUGUUCAAGCACUCGAAUUUUGCCUCGUUUGUGCGCCAACUGAACAAAUAUGACUUUCACAAAGUCAAGAAUACCGACGAUAACCAAUUCGGCGAACAUAGCUGGACAUUCCGUCACCCGGACUUCCAUGCCGACCGGCGCGAUGCCCUCGAAAACAUCAAGCGCAAGGUCCCCACAUCGCGGAAAUCGCUUCCCGCUCCACAACCGACAUCCUCACGACCUCUACCGUCAUCACUCGCCUCACCGUCGGCAUCACAGACCGACUACUUGCAAGCACAAAUAGAGCGCCUUACACAAGCGCAGGAAGAGAUGUCGGCGCAUGUGCGAAAUCUAGAACGGAAUUACCACGACGUGCUCGUGGAGAUGGUUGGGUUCCAGCGUAAUAUGGCGCAGCAGGACGGGCUCAUGCAGAACCUGAUUCAGUAUUUCUUGCAAGUCGAGAAUGGCAAAUCGAAACGCGCAUCCUCGUCUCAACAACCAGCGAUGCUACAAUCACCUUCCGACCCAUCCUCCUCAAAUCCGAAUCCGUUCCUACAGCAACACGAAACACUCCGGAUGAUGAACCCAGAUAGCGACGUUGCACGCGCUUCCCUCAUGCAAUUAAACGAAAUUUCCCGGCGGCAAAUGGAAUUUUCCCAGCAGCCCUCUUCUUCCUCUUUUGACGACCGGCCGCCUUCGCGGAUAUGGACUGCUGCCGCCAACGCAGGGCUCAUCAACCCCGACGGGUCUGUCAAAGGCGCGCCUCCUGUUCCGUCUAUAUCAGGCGAGAAGAUUACGUCGCGAGUGGAUGCCCUGCAGCGUAUCGAGGAGCUGCAACGGCUGCGCAUGGGGAGCGCACCGCCCAAUAUCCCACCCCUACCGCCGCCUCCCCAACCACAAGAGGAGAUGGUCAUGCCCACGUCGUCGUCAGGGUCGCUCACCUCACCAGAGGGCACCCCGCCGUCGUUUGCCUGGCCUGAAGAGAACGACAUGGGCCAGAUUGGUGGUGGUGAUCCAGGUAACCAAGUGGCUUCUGCAGGGCACGAGGGUCUGCAGGUGUAUACCGUUGGACACCUCAUGCCGAAGAGCGCAGUGGAUGACACGAAUGGGAACUGGACAUAUGACUCGACGAUGUGGGAUCCCCAGCAGCAGCAACAGCAACCACAGGCAAGCACGUCGCAGCAGUCGCUCCAGCCCUCGUCGUCGUCGUCUCAGCAACGACUCCGGGUGCGUCGAAGCACGUACGUUCCAGGGUGGGCAGUACCACCGCGAGUCCUACUCGUCGAUGACGACGCUGUGAGCCGGAAACUGAGCAGCAAGUUUCUCCAAGUGUUUGGGUGCACGAUCGACGUUGCCGUGGACGGUGUCGGUGCAGUGAACAAGAUGAAUUUGGAGAAAUACGACUUGGUAUUGAUGGACAUCGUGAUGCCAAAACUAGACGGCGUGUCCGCAACGUCGCUAAUCCGGAAGUUCGACCAUAUGACGCCGAUCAUCAGUAUGACGAGCAACUCGAAGCCAAACGAGAUCAUGACAUACUACUCGUCUGGGAUGAACGACAUUCUGCCGAAGCCGUUUACGAAGGAAGGGCUGCUGGGGGAAGUCGGGCCGUACAUGGGUAACGGGAAUGGGAACGUGGAGGUGGACAACGAAGGACGGGUGAAUCCCCUAGCGGGUAUGGGCCUCACGGACGAGCAGUAUAAUAUGAUCCUGCAGAAUAUCGUGAACGGGGAGACAUUCGUGGGAGAGAAGCGGCCUUUGGAGGAAGACGACGACGGACGGGAAGGCAAGCGGAGUCGAUUCGAGGUGAUUGAGUAGACAUUUUGUAUCGAUACUACUAUCUUUUAUUAUUUUAUUGUAUACGGUAUAGUAAUGACGAACCCCCUGUCACAUCCCGGGCCGGA